UUUCUCCAGAAGAGGGCAGUAAUGCGGUGGUUUGUUUGGUUUAUCAAUCCCGAUUAUACCCGUGUCGUUUGUAGCUCUAGCUAACUGUAGCUAACUUAAAGCUACAUCUAAUUCAACACACGGUAACAACAGGUGUCGCUAAUUCUGCGACAGUGAUUUCUGUGGAUGAGAUCUGUGACAUAACGGUGCUGGUUUCACUGCGUCGGAUUAGUUGAACUUCGACACACUGGGCGGUGCGCUGAAACCUGCUUUGCAAGUACAGGAGACGAGUCGUGUUAACUUCAACUUCGUGUUUAGCUUAAUUGAAGCGCAGCGUCACUGCGAAUACAAGGAAGAGCCACUAACCUCUAACUAACCCUAACCCGAAGAUGACGUCCAAGAAAGUGGUGGAGAUGUUCUACGAUGUGGUUUCUCCCUACUCAUGGCUUGGCUUUGAGAUCAUGUGCCGCUACAGAAACGUGUGGAACAUAGAGCUCAAACUGCGACCUGCAUUUCUGGGUGGUAUCAUGCAAGGGUCGGGAAACAAGCCCCCGGGUCUGGUUCCAAACAAAUUCCAGUACAUGAACAAGGACCUGCACCGCUUGUCGGAGUAUUUUGAUGUUCCCUUGCAGGCUCCGUCUGACCCCUUUGAGGCCAUGUUCCAAAAAGGCUCCUUGACUGCGAUGCGAUUUGUGACGGCAGUACAAGAGAGGGAGACGGGUGGAGACAAGCAGGUGGAGCGGGUGUCCCGGGAGCUGUGGAGAAGGAUCUGGAGUGAGGACAAAGACAUCACAGAACCUGCAUCAUUGUCUGAGGCAGCGAUGAAAGCAGGACUGCCUGAAAGCGAGAUUAAAGAAGCGCUGGAGCUGUCCACAUCAGAGGAGAUCAAAAACAAGCUGAAAAGCGCAACACAGAAUGCACUUGAUCACGGGGCAUUCGGCUUCCCACUUGUGGUGUGUCACGUAAAUGGAAAGCCAGAGAUGUUUUUUGGAUCUGACAGAUUUGAGCUCAUGGCUCACUGCAUUGGGGAGAAGUGGCUGGGACCUCAGCCUAACAUAUCAGCUGCCAAGCUGUGAGAUACAAAGCUGCCAUCAAACGCUGCCGGUCUGCUCACAAAGUCUUUGAGUUUUCUUCUAAUUCUUCAAAUAUCAUACGAUCUGUGCCCUCUAAAACCAAGCAGUGUUUUUUAAAAUUAGGCCUUAAUAACAAAUGGUGGUGUAAAUAAUGUGAUACCUUUAUACUGUUAAUUAUGUAGAAAGAACAUUGACAGCUUCCAGAUGAUAGUCUUAUCUUUGCGAAUGAAACACAAAGGUAAAUUUAUGAAAAGGAUGCAAUUGUGUAUUUGUUGCAUGAUGUAACACAUAACUUAAAUAUCUCAAAAACUACGACAGUCAUCAGCAUUCAUUGUCCCAACAGGAUGAAUCCUAGUGAUGUUGGUGUUUCCCUGACGGUUGCUUCAGUGCCGCCAUGAGGUUGACAUUUGUAGUUGUGGUGAAACGCAUCGGUAACUGAAUGAUGGAUAGCCAAGACAUUUAGUGGAGACAUUCACGUCCCCCUCAGAAUGAAUUGUAAUCGGGUCAUGAUGAUCCCAUCAGCCUCAACUGUACUACGUUGUUAAAUGCUGUUCUUAAAUCAAGCAGUUAAACCACCAUACUGAAUAAAUAAAUGUAACUUUGAUCAUAAA